CCUUGUCCCCUUUCUGUGCAGAUAUUAAUCAUCACCCGCUCCGUCUGUGCGUGUGAUUCCUCGGCGAGGGCUUGAAGAAGACUACCUCAAAACUGCGUUUCCUCAAGCAAGACAUCUCUUCCCCCCGAAACCUUGUGCAGCUCUCCUCUUCACCUGCCAUGGUGACAUGACAUACCUGAGUGGCUUUGCUCCCAUCUCGCGCGCAUAGACAAUCUCCUGGGUUUUUUCAAACCACCUAACGUCUGCUCAUACUCUAGAGACUCCCGCAAACUAAAAAAGAGACAUCUCCUACGCUGACACACAGUCCCUCCCCAGUUCACGAUGACAGUGGCUGUGCGAUUCCGUCGCCACUUGCGUAGGUUACUGCUCCUGUUGGCCUCCUGCUGCCUCCUCUCUCUGCUCCUCUCAGCGUAUUUCCUCUUUACGCACUCCUCCCCUUCCAUGCAACUCGGACAAUCGGCUGAGCCGGCCUGCUCCCAGCCGCUCUCCAUGUCCCCGUACCGUCAGCUGCCCUACCCGUACCCGCCCAACCCCCCCCACACACACGUCCACACUGACCCCGUAGUGCUGGUGCUGGUGGAAUCCCAGUACUCUCAGCUAGGUCAGGACAUCGUGGCUAUAUUGGAGUCAGCCCAUUUCCAGUUCCGCAUGGAGAUCGCCUCAGGAAAAGGUGAACUUCCUCCGCUGACAGAAAAGGGACGUGGACGCUAUUCGCUCAUAAUUUAUGAGAAUCUAUUAAAGUAUGCACAUUCAGAUACAUGGAACAGACAGCUGUUGCAUCAAUAUUGUACCGAGUACAGAGUUGGCAUCAUAGGUUUCUACCGCUCCACCGAGAAUUCCCCAUCUGUCCUGAAGCUCCGCGGCCUGCCGCUGGUGCUGAGGACCAAUCAGGCGCUGUGGGACUGCUGCGUGGUGUCAAGCUCGCCGCUCCUCCACCUGACCAAACCCAGCAUGGAUCGAGGGGCCUUACCUGGGGAGGACUGGACCUCAUUUUCUUCCAAUCACUCCACGUACCAGGCUGUGCUGCACGCACGGGCUAAGGAUGGAAUAGGAGCGGGCAGCGGGGAUAAUCCGGGGCCUGGAUUCAGUCUUGGCCUCCAGGCAACGGUGGUACAGGACAUGGGACUUUACGACGGGGUGAGGCGAGUGCUCUUUGGCCAGGGACUCGGCUACUGGCUCCACCGGCUCAUCCUUGUUGAUGCCAUUUCCUACCUCACGGACAGGAAGCUCACUCUGGGCCUGGACCGGCACAUACUGGUGGAUAUAGAUGACAUUUUUGUUGGCAAAGAGGGCACACGCAUGAACGCCAAGGAUGUGAAGGCUCUCCUCGAUACCCAGAAACAGCUACGUUCCUAUAUCUAUAACUUUACCUUCAAUCUGGGAUUCUCUGGGAAAUUCUACCACACAGGCACAGUGGAAGAGGAUGAAGGAGACGAUCUUCUACUAAAGUAUGUAGAUGAGUUCUGGUGGUUCCCUCACAUGUGGAGCCACAUGCAGCCUCACCUCUUCCACAAUGAGUCCUCCCUGCUGGAGCAGAUGGUCCUUAAUAAGGAGUUUGCUCUGGAGCACAACAUCCCCGUGGACAUGGGCUAUGCGGUGGCCCCUCACCACUCGGGCGUUUACCCGGUCCACCUGCAGCUGUACGAGGCAUGGAGGCGCGUGUGGAACAUCCGGGUCACCAGCACGGAGGAGUACCCCCACCUUAAACCGGCCCGUUACCGAAAGGGCUUCAUCCACAGCAACAUAAUGGUGCUGCCUCGUCAAACCUGUGGCUUAUUUACUCACACCAUCUACUAUAAGGAAUACCCCGGUGGACCCAAAGAACUGGACAAAAGCAUCCGUGGGGGAGAGCUGUUUCUCACUGUGCUACUCAACCCUAUAAGUAUAUUCAUGACCCACCUGUCUAACUAUGGUAACGAUCGACUGGGUCUUUACACGUUCGUCCACCUGGCCUCCUUCCUUCGCUCAUGGACAAAUCUGAAACUCCACACGCUCCCGCCCCUCCAGCUUGCGCACAAGUACUUCCAGCUUUUUCCCGAACAACGGAAUCCACUCUGGCAGAACCCAUGUGAUGACAAACGACAUAAAGACAUCUGGUCCAAAGAGAAAACCUGCGACAGAUUACCCAAAUUCAUGGUUGUAGGACCACAGAAAACAGGAACGACAGCACUUUAUCUCUUCCUACUCAUGCAUCCCUCCAUCUCAAGUAACUUCCCCAGUCCAAAGACCUACGAGGAGGUCCAGUUCUUCAACACCAACAACUACCACAAAGGAAUUGACUGGUACAUGGAGUUUUUCCCCGUACCCUCCAAUAUCAGCACAGACUUCUUGUUUGAGAAGAGCGCCAACUACUUCCCCUCUGAGGAGACCCCAAGACGAGCGGCUGCCCUGCUCCCCAAGGCAAAGAUCAUCACCCUGCUCAUCAACCCUUCAGACAGAGCCUACAGUUGGUAUCAGCACCAGAGAGCUCACGAAGACCACGCAGCCCUGCAGUUCACCUUCUAUGAUGUCAUCAGUGCAAGAAAGGGAGCACCUCCGGAGCUGCGCUCCCUGCAGAACCGCUGUCUCAUCCCCGGUCUGUACGCUGCACACUUAGAGAGGUGGCUGACGUACUAUCCCGCUAACCAGGUGAUGAUUAUCGACGGGCAUCAACUGAGAGCCGACCCCGCAGCCGUGAUGGACGAACUACAGAAGUUCCUGGGCGUCACUCCUCACUUCAACUACUCGCAGGCCCUCACCUUUGACCCACAGAAGGGCUUUUGGUGCCAGCUUCUUGAGGGUGGAAAGACUAAAUGUUUGGGAAAAAGCAAAGGAAGAAAGUACCCUCCCAUGGAGCCCGAGGCACGGGCGUAUCUCUCCAGGUACUACAGAGACCACAAUGUGGAGCUUUCAAAGCUGCUGCAUCGGCUCGGACAGCCUCUUCCCGCUUGGCUAAGAGAGGAGCUACAGAAGGUUAGAUAACCUUUGCGUCCAUGAGCCAGGGUUAAAUAUCAAGACGUCAGGGACCAGGAGCGCCUGUCUUUCGGGCGCAGUGUCUGCAGCCCCGAGGUGAAGAUGAGGACGGGAUGCCUCGUUUCAUCCUGUGAGCUGUAACGCUGCUGAACGGAGCAAAAUAGCGCAAGCGAACCAUCAUGGACGGAUGAAAGAAUGCUGGAUGGAUGGAUGGUUGCUACGAUGACGCGGACAGCUUGAAAGGGAACGGGACAGAAACAAAGCGUCACAAUCUAACAACAAACUCUUAACGGAGGCACUGAGGUUCUGGUGUGUCCUCGAUUGCCCAACCCGGUUCUGAACUGACGUGCGGAUCUGCACCGACUUUAAUUGUUACUGACUUUUGUUUUAUUUUUCUUCUUUAAGUUAUGUUGCCAGAGCAGCGCUGGUCAGCUGUGCGUGGUUCCCAUAGAAAUUACUUUGCACUGUUUUUUUUUUUUUAAACUUACAAGACAUUCAUCUGUUUUGUGUGUUUUUUUUUACCCAGAUUUGAAAGUAUCUUUACUUUUUUAUUUGAUUAUUUUUACAAAAAAAAUGGUCACAUUGGGACGGAAUUUCAAAACAUAAUACAAGGGGUGCAUGAACUUUCGCUGAAUGACUGGCUGUUCUUGUUUUCUAGAUUUUCUUCAAGUCUAAGUAUUGCUUGAAGUUCUGGUAGAUUUGUAUGCCCUUGACACUUUUACUGGAAGGUUUGGAAUACAAAUGUUUAACCCAAGCAAAUAGCCUUGCCCCAUCAGACUGUAAUUACCCAGGCCAGUAAUGCAAAACAACUUUGUAUCUGAGACGGCUAUCUGAGUUCAAACAAAUCGAAAAGAUGCAAGUUUAUUAAACCAAACAAGAUCUGCCUUGUGGAUAUCAUGUUUGAUUUUGAGAUUAUUAAAACUGUUUAGUUGCAGUUUAAGCUGCAGGUAAGUUAUGUUUUUUUCUGUGUCUCAUUUAAGUCCCAACCUACCUUUUUUACCUUUUUAAAUGGUAUUUUACUUUGUUUAGCUUCUGUUUAGAUGCGAAGAACCCUACAUGUCAAACACAAAAACCAAAAUUAAAGGACUGGAUAUGACUGGAUUUCCUUUUUUUUAUUUUUAUCGAUGAAUAUCCAAAAACUUGUUAGCAACAAUUCAGGGUCUCCCUUGCAUACCUUAAUGAGGUUACAUUUAUUCUUCUGGUUGUCUGCAGACUGUUUUACCUCAAAGGUAAGUUAAUGUUACACACAUGAGACUUAUCAUGUU